GUACUGUAUCGGGGGAGCCUUGGGACUCGGGACCCUGAUGUACGCCGCCAUUGGUAUUGUGUCACCCCUUACGGUCCGGAAGCGGAAGAGCAAUUACGUCAUAGGCGUGUUGUCUGAGGUCGAACAUGGGGCCCAAGUACUGGCAGCCUCCUUGGUACACCAGGCUCAGUGGACAACUCCAGCAAUCGCCACCCGCCGUAUUUUCCUGGCCUUCUGGUGGAUCUUCUGCAUUGCCCUGGCGGCCACGUACCGUGGGAACCUCACGGCCUUUCUGCUGGUUUACAAAGACGUGGUCCCAUUCAACACUCUGCAAGAACUGGCCAAUCAGAACGUCUACAAGUGGGGCGUCAUCGGCUCCACUGUUGUAGAGGGUUUGCUUUACACGUCUCAACGGGAGGACUUCCGGAAGUUGGGAGACGGCCUUAAAAAGUUCAAGGCUAUUGACCCGGAAGUUGUCAGCCUUGACUCGGAAGUCCAUCGCAGAAAGAUCAACCGUGGUCAGUACGCAUACAUCAGCGACAUGGUCCCCAUGGAGAUUUGGGUGGCAGAAGACUGCGACUUGCGUUUCCUGAAAGAGACAGUGAUGCCCCUGCCUUUUGUUGUUGGCCUUCAUAACAACUCGGUAUACGUGCAAACCUUCAACGGGAUACUCUUGGAGAUAGAACAGGCCGGUCUGUACCAGAUGUGGAAAAAGAAAUGGUGGCCUUCUGGUGGUCAAUGCAUUACAGGCACACAACAUGGAACCAAAGUUGUCUCCCUCCUCCAAUCUCAAUCCGCAUUUUAUGUUCUUCUUAUUGGGCUCGUUACAUCGAUUUUACUUCUCCUCCUCGAGACUUGCUGGAACCGGAAAUGUGCGGCACUGGAUUUGGAUAACUCAUCCCAAAAGAACAAUUCGGAUAACUCGCAAGGAGAAUCCAAUCCGGAUGAUUUAUACGAGAAGAAAACAGAUCUGGAUACAUUAAGUUCGACACUCAAACUCAAAGGAUCUAAGCCGACACAGAGUCACGGUGGAUUUGAUUGGACAAAAGAUGCAAAAUGGUCGAAUUACGUCACUCAAUUCUUGACGGAAGAUGUCGCCACGUUCAGCAGACGAGAGUGGCCGACGGCUGACAUGUGGGACACAGAACGUGCGGACGAGAGAAGCUACGAGGGCUGGAGGACACUAGACACUGGCCUGUGAGGGUCACAGGCACUCUAAAAGUGAUAGUUUUUAGUCAGUUAAGUGUUUUAUCCACUCCUACUUAUCCCCCCCCCCCCC